UGAUGUGACUUAUCAGGACUCGGCCGGAAAUCGAUCGCCGAUUACCGGAAGAUCCCCGGAAGAGUGACUGUUCAAGGCGUAGUUGCGCUCUUGUAGGUAAGCGUUGUUCACGGGGGAAGCGUCGUUCCGAGGAGCUUCGUCGGUACGCAUCCGCCGCCGCCGCUGGAGACAACUGGAGACGUGGGAAGCAUUCGGGACUUUUCGCUGUUCUUCGGUAUCAACGGAGCAGGAGUGCACGCGGUCGGUCUGCCGGGUGUAGUUCGCUCAUUUGAGCAGUAGCGGCAGAGUAGUAACAACAGCAGAAAAGCGGCAACGGCAGCAGAGCGGCAACAAGCGGUUUCAAGCGCGUGAACAAACACGAGUCCUUCGCAGAGUGGUCGGCGAUUAAAUGGCACCACGCAGGCAAGCAAAGCAGGCGGCGGGAAACGUGGUCGGGGACGCCAACGGCGACUCGUCGCCGCCGAAGAAGAAGAGGAUCGCGGCCGCCGCGAAGCCAGCGCCCGAAGACACCGGUAAGCAAGCCAGAGCGGGUCUCCGACGAGGAAGAGCCGAGAAGCACGAGGCGAGUGAGGAUGCGGUCGCAAACGACGCGAGCCCGCCUAAGAAGGCACGUGGUGGCAGCGGCAAGAGCAAGAACGCCGCCGAGCCGAAGCCGACGGAGACAAAGAGCGGCAAGUCCGGCAAAGUCGCCAAGGCCGAGGAGUCGGUGAAGAACAACGAUGCUGAUGAGAAGGCGGCAACCAAGCAGACGCCCGAGAAGAAAGCACGUGCGACGAAGACCGCGGGUGCGAAAAAGGCGGGAACGAAAGAACAGCCCGGCGCGAAGUCGAAGGGCAAGGAAUCCAGCAGGAAGCCGAGGAACGUCACCACCAGCGAGAACGGCGCCAGUGGGAACGACAUCGUCGAAGAAGACGCCGUAGCCGCGCCGACGAAGAGGACUCGCGGGAAAGUCGUGGAGAAGGAGAAUGCUAUGCCGGCGGCGCGAGCCGCCAAGGCAUCGAGGAAACGCGGAAACGCCGAAGAGAAGACUGCCGCGGAAGCUGGGGACGUGGAAAUUGCCGAGGAGGAAGAGGCCGCCGCAGCGGCAGCGGUCGUAUCCGACAAGAAGCCGCGCGGCAAACCGAAGAAGGCGGGAGCACAGGCUGCCAAUGAACCAGAGGUGAAGCCCAAAGCUCGAGGUAAAAAGAACACUGCAAAAGCAGAGGUUGCUAAACCAUCGGCGAAACAUACAGAAGAGGAGGAACAAAGUGUCCGAGACACAGCUGAGCAGGAAGAUCGCGCAAAGGCGGACAAUGCGAAGAACGCUAAGAAAGGAAACGCGAAGAAGGCAGCUCCCAGAGGAAAGCGCAAUGCUGCACCAGAGAAGACCAAUGAUGCGGAAGCGGAAGACGCGGAGAUACCCGAGGCCGAUAUUCAGGAGAAUGAUAAAGUAGAGGACGUGGCACAACCCAAACAACAGAAGAAGAAGAUUGGAAAAGCAGUGACAAAGGAGAAGACCGAAGCUAAAGGUAAGCAGAAGAAGGGACAAGCGACAGCUGCUGCGGCAACGACUGUCGUAGACGAGAAGGAGACGGUGAAGGAUGCGAGCCAGGAAGAUGACGCUACUGAAACAACGAAAGCAGCAUCGGAAACAAAAGAUGAGAACGAUACGAGCGUGACUCCGAGCGACAAUACUUCGGACAAGAUGGAAGAGGAUAAAAGUGAAGCGUAUAAGGCCGAACUUCCAGAAUCAGUGGAAAGUGGGGAACCGAUUAAGACUGAAAUUCUGGACAGCGAGACGGACAUUUGGAUAAAUAAUGAGAAUUAAUGCCGAGUGUUUUCUAGAAGCGGAGUAUUCCUUAAGAUGCCUGAAUGCUAUGAUGUCUUGUGAAUGGAGAGGUAAUAUCCAAGGGUGUUUCCCAUUUAGCGACACGAGCGUCAUUUUGCCUUUGUUCCACAUUCAAUGAAUAACAAAGAUAAUAUGAUGCUUGUUGUCGACCUGUGACACCAAAUGGAAAGCACCCUAAGGCUGUAUCCGUGUGUGUGUGUAAAACUCGUAGGAGUUCAAUAUUAGGUCAUCCCACGAGUAAUGUAGUUCCCUGCCGGUGGACGAGGUUCUUGUCGGAGGCGGAAUAAACUGUUUUAAGUAAAAUCGCAUGAGCAAAAUAUGAAUAUAUAAACGUCAGCUCUCGGACUUCGUUUGCACGGCAGUUGAAGUCACCUUAAAGCGACUUGUUAACACUCGUUUAGUCCACGUCGGCGCGACGCCAUAGUCGUCAUAUGGCAUGUAACAUCGCUGAAUUGUAACAUCGGGAAUUUGCAAAUUCGAUUUUACAAGCUGGUGGUUGCAUGCAAACAUGCACGAAGCACGUGGGGUGCCACUGAACCGGUUUCAGGCCGCUCUGUAGACGUAGUCUUAUUUCUUAAGCCAGCGGCACACGAUGCUUGUUUUCGUGCUGAAUUGUUUGCUGGAUAGAAAUACUGCAUUCUGAUUGGUGCAUUUCCAGUAAUGGAUGGCAAUACAUCAAUCAGAACGCCGUAUUUCGAUUCAGCAAGCAAUCUAGCACGAAAACAAGCAUCGUGUGCCACUGGCUUUAGAUCGGGCUAAAAAGGAUGCAACGCAAAAAGCCGCGUCGCUUAUGGGAUAACCUGAUAUUUCAAACAUAUUUAUCGCAAAACACACUCGCAGUGUGAACGGUCGGAGCUCAAGAGGUUUCUGUAGAGGUAUUCUGUACUCUAUUGGCGAUGUCCCCCCCCCCCCUUUUUUUUAUCGGUUUCGAGUCACCGAAGAAUAUAAUUUGCGAUCAACAGCGAAAUCCAUGUGAUCUCGUGUACUUCGUAAGAUCGAGAGCCCAAAUACAUACACACAUACACACACACACUUUGUCAUUUUUGUAAUUAUCCUGUAACUGACAGGUAUUUUCUUGGUUCCCUUGGUUUCCCUUUGGGGGGUUUUUUUUUUCUUUUUAAUGAGCGAAGCACCGAAACAAAUAUGUCAAUGUAGUACGGACUACCGCUACUGAUGAUACGAAACGCGAUACUGUGGUGUGAUGUUGAGUCGCGACUCUCAACAUGGCACAAAUUGUCAAAUCGGGAGCCUUAAUGGUGAUUUAAAAAAAAGGGGAUAUUUAUUUUUUUGCGAGGAAAAGUAUAAAAGUGAAGUUUACAUGGAAGAAAUUUACACCAUCGGCUGUAUCGUAUGAUGAGAGUGUGUGUGACGAAGAAGGUUGUUACCGGAGAAAGUUUCGAGCACAAAACAUAUUUUUUUACCAAUGCGUCUUUCCUCGGGAGCGUUUAAAUAUUGGAUUUUCAGCUGUGUAUCGAUUAUCAUUGAUGAUGAUGAUGAUAAUGAUGAUGAUGAUGAUGAUGAUGACAACUUAGUGCCAUAAGGAAAUUUGAUAGAAUUCAAAAUUCUUGAUUCUUAUCCGGGCAAUAUCCGUUGUAGAGUAUCCAAGAGAUAAAAUUAGGCGAGGAUGUCAUUAUCCAGCGAGAAUUCGGGAUGUCUUAUUAGAUUUUGAAUUAUAGGUGAUCAAGAGAGAAGGGCUGAAAGGAAAAUGAUCGUUUUUACCGUUGCCCGUGUAGGAAUUGAGCGUAUUACAUAUUUUUCUAAAGUGGAAUUAACGAUCUAUAUUUGACAGAUUUUCCUUUCUCUAGUCCUAUAGUUUUAUUCGCAACAUCUUAUUAGUAAACGAUGCAGUUGAUUACGAUCGCGCUCAACCGAAGACUCGAAUUUGCGUUUCCCAUCUUUUUCUCGUACAAAACAGCUUUCUGACAUCG